AUGGCCUCUCAGCGCCCGGCGAGCUUUCUUCGCCAUCUCCGUCUCCGAGGCACAGGAUCUCGAACGCCGCGGCGAAACCUCUCCUCUUCUCCGCAACCAGCCCCGUCAAGUUCCAAAGACUCCCAAUCUCGUCUGCGCCAAUUGAAUGACCGUCUACCACGCUUCCUCCGUGCAUACACUGCACCAUUACUCGGAGCACCGGUGACCCAUAUCACAUCCUUUUUUAUCCUCCACGAAAUCACCGCUGUGCUGCCAUUGUUCGGACUGGUAGGCGCAUUUCAUUAUGGAAAUUGGAUGCCAGACCUCACAUCCGGUACCGGGGAGAACAAUGCCUUUGACGAAGGGGCUGCGCGAUUCGGGCGCUGGUUGAGGAAAAAAGGCUGGGUCGAUGAAUCCGACGUGAGCACAGUCGCAGAUCAUGAAGUCACCGGGUUAGCGCCACGCGAAAAGCAGCGGGGAGGUAUACGGUUAGUGCUCGAGUUCGCUACAGCUUAUGCGAUUACAAAGGCUUUACUGCCCGUUCGUUUGGCUGCGAGCGCAUGGGCAACGCCUUGGUUUGCGCGGACAGUCCUCGCACCGACAACCCGUCUGGCCAGGAGGCUCGUGAGAAAAAGCUAA